AGUAAGAGACAGAGGUCCUGAAAGAGUGGGGAAAGGUUUCAGACUUUCAAUGAAAAUCAAUAUCACACAAAGUAUAGAAAAUGGAAUCUCCGAAUUUUUCUAUAAGGAAGGUUUUGGCAUUCCUUGAUUUUCUUUGACGCAGACAGGCUUCUCACUACAUUCCAAAUCCACCGCUCUAUCUCUUGCUCGUUCUCCUGCCCUCUGUUUUGUCCUGUACCUAUAUGACUGACUCUUUUUGUUUUUUCUAUAAAUUAGUCAUAAAUCCCACCUUUGUUGAACUCCCUAGUUCUUCGAUUUUCUUUUUUUGCCUUUGUUCUUCUCAUAUACCAAGGCUUUUGAGAUAGUAUGGAGGAAAUCGGGCCUCUGUGGAGUUACCAGGAGGAGCAGAAGCUUUUACGCACCAUUCUUGAGCUGGAGUCAUUUAAAAUGGAAGCAAGUGAGGAAAUCAGAAGGAACAAGGAGAAUGUGAAGAAUCUACUGAAUCUUUUAAGGAUGGCAUACCAAGAAAGAGAUGAAGCUAGAAAUCAGUUGCAGAAGCUUCUAAACAAGCUGAUCAUCCCCUCUAGCCCAACAGAGAUGGCAAAACUUCUCCCUCAUGUUCAAGCUGAAAGCCCUCUUGUAAUGCCUGCCAGAGCAAACUCAGGCAUCACAGAAUCAAACAGUCUGUCUGAAACAUGUAACCACCACUCACAUGGUUCUUCCCCAGCAGAUUCUUUCUUUGGUGAUGCGGUUUCGUCCCCGGAUUUUUCCAACAUUAAUGUGGUUGAUUCGGGUUUCGUAAGUCAGCCACUUGUUCAUAAUUAUAACUUGGUCUCUUCAGGAAAGGCAAAGAUUGAUCCAGCUUCUGAAGUAAUUGAUAAUCUUGCUAAAGGAAAAGCUCUUCCUCAAAAGGGAAAGCUUUUACAAGCUGUGAUGGAAGCCGGUCCUUUACUUCAGACACUCAUUGUUGCCGGGCCGCUUCCUCGGUGGCGGAAUCCUCCUCCUUUGCAACCCUUCAAAAUUCCUCCUGUUUCCAUUGAAGGUUGUCAGAAAGCAAAUGUCAAUUUUAAAUCUGCUGCAACUGCAACCUUAAUGACUCUGAAACCACUCAAUUCAUCCUCAUAUCCUAUGAUGUCUCGUGGGACUUCUCAAACUUGUUCAGCAUCCAUGUUAAAUUUUGCUAGUGGUCCUUCUGCUUCAUGUUUGAACAAUUCAAGGCUCUUGACUCCCAGUGCUAGUAUUAACAAUCAUGUCCCAGCAGGCAAGCGACAAAGGUUUCAAUGAAAUCGCCAGAGUUUGCUUCUCUUUUGUAAGAACCAAAUUUCAGUGGUUGAUGGUGUAAAUGGGAUACUUUUGUUUUUGGGUUUGAACUUUGAAUGACAUAGCUUUUUAACUUGGUUUA